CUCUUCGCCGAUCGAACCGAGAGUUCCGCGUCAUCUCACAGCAAUAUUGAAACAGCAAAUUGAAAUCGUCUUAGCGCUCACACUUUUAAUUCAAUGUUUAUUCGCAAAUUACUGAUAAGAAAUGCUAAGACGAUUUUCUGCGUUUUACCGAAUUUUUGAAAGGCACUGACAGACAACAUCGCGUAUCGCAAUCGCUGACGUUUAACGAGAAUGAUCAUUUACAAAUACAGCAUUUUUAACGAUAUGCAUGCGUGUAACUUAGAUACGUGUUUCGGGCAUACGGCGAGAAAGUUAGAUGCUUAGUUAUUCGCGGUACCUCGUACAGAAAUGCAAAUGCAGAUACCACUAGUAUUAUGCCAAGAUGAAAAAGCGAAUUCAUCUUGGACAAGGAAGGAGAGGAGAAAAUGGUUCUUAUCGCUGUUAUGUGGCACCUGUCUGAUAUACGCUACAAGAACUUGUGUUCCUCUAUUGAUGCCAAUUAUAAGUAAGGAGAAGCAAUGGUCCAAGUCGGAUUCUGGGAUAGUAUUGUCCAGCUUCUUUUGGGGCUACACGUUGACGCAAGUCGCCAGUGGGUAUAUUAGCGACAAAAUUGGAGGACAGAAAGUAUUAUUAAUCUCUGCUCUUGGAUGGUCCAUGACGACAUUUUUUAUGCCAGAAGUGAUAGAACUAUUUUCCAAAAAUGACACGUCGGUAUUAUUAGUGGCGAUAGUAAGAAUGAUAAAUGGAGCAUUCCAAGGAAUGCAUUUUCCUAGCAUGAUCAGUUUAAUAAGCCAACGACUGCAUGAAACCGAGAGAGCUUCAUUCUUUAGUUUAUUAACAUCAGGCUCGUCUCUUGGCACACUGCUUACUGGAUCCGUCGGUUCCUAUUUGUUAGAAAAUUACAGCUGGGUGACGGUUUUUCAAACAUUAGGAAGUUUAAGUUUGGCAUGGGCCAUGUUAUUAAGUUACCAUACUCUGUACUUUAAGGAAAAGUCACCUUCCACUAAAUCGAGUACUAACUACGCUUUACCUUGGUUGAAGCUCCUAGGAAAGCCUCCGUUCUGGUCAUGCGUUAUAGGCCACGCUUGCCAAAAUAAUUGUUUUUUCGUAUUGCUGUCUUGGAUGCCAACGUAUUUUCAUGACACAUUUCCUGAAGUGAAGGGCUGGGUCGUGAACAUGGUACCAUGGUUGUCCAUGUUACCCUGCACAUUUUUAGGCAAAGCCCUGUCGGAGAAGAUAAUCAAAUCAGGAUACUCUGUCACGGCAACGCGCAAAAUAGUCGAAACAAUAUGUUUCCUAACUGAGAUCAUCAGUUUAGUAUUCCUAGCCAAAGUGAAAACUUUUCUAAGUGCGAUCAUUUGCCUCGCGUUCAUUAUCGGUGGAUCUGGUUUCCAUAAUAAUGCGAUCGCAGUAAACCCUUCGGAUCUUGCACCAAAACAUUCUGGCAGUGUAUUCGGACUGAUGAACACUGUCGGUGCUGUGCCUGGAUUCCUUGGGGUGUACUUUGCUGGACAUAUAUUACAUGUAACACAUAGCUGGCCCGUUGUAUUUAUAUUUAUAGCUAUGGUAGACACAUUUGGAUGUAUAAUAUAUCUGUUAUUCGGUUCUGGCCAAGCUAUUAUAUAAAUUAUCAUUGAAUAAUUGUAAAUAAAGAUCUUUCAAAUAAAGGAGCAAUCUCAAUCAUGAAUAAA